UGGUCUACACUACGAGUUUAGGUCGUAUUUAGCAGCUUUAGAUUGGUUUAACCCUGCACCCAUCCACACGACGAAGCCAUUUUUUUCAACUUAAAGGGCUCUUAAAAUCAAUUUCUGUACUCCUCUCCCGAUGAGGGGAUUAGGACUGAAAUCAACCUUGCUGGGUCGAAUUUAGGGUAGUGUGGUCGCAAUUCGAUGGUAUUGGCCUCCGGGAGCUAUCCCAGAGUGCUCCAUUGUGACCGCUCUGGACAGCACUCUCAACUCAGAUGCACUGGCCAGGUAGACAGAAAAAGGCCCGCGAACUUUUGAAUCUCACUUCCUGUUUGGCCAGUGUGGCAAGCUGCAGGUGAGUGCAAAUCUCAUCAGCAGAGGUGCCCAUGAUGGAGUCCCAGAAUUGCCAAAGAGCUCCAGCAUGGAGCGAAUGGGAGGUAUGGGAUCUGAUCGCUGUAUGGGGAGACGAAUCCGUGCUAUCAGAACUCCAUUCCAAAAGACGAAAUGCCCAAACAUUUGAAAAAAAAUCUCCAAGGGCUUGAAGGACAGAGGCUAUAACAGGGACCCGCAGCAGUGCCGCAUGAAACUUAAGGAGCUCAGGCAAGCCUACCAAAAAAACAGAGAGGCAAACGGCCGCUCGGGGUCAGAGCCCCAGACAUGCCACUUCUAUGAUGAGCUGCAUGCCAUUCUAGGGGGUGCAGCCACCACUACCCCAUCCCUGUGCUUUGAGUCCAAUUAUCAUGCAACAGGGAUGCACAUUUUGGGGACGAGGAAGAUGAGGAGGAGGAGAAGGAGGUUGAAGAUAGCGCACAGAAAGCAAGCGGAGAAACUGUUUUCCCCGAGAGCCAGGAACUGUUUCUCACCCUGGACCUGGAGCCAGUACCCCCCCGAACCCACCCAAGGCGGGCUCCUGGACCCACCAGGCAGAGAAGGGACCUCUGCUGCAAAUGUUUCAGCGCUCACACUAUCAUCUCCGUCCCAGAGGCUAGCGAAGAUUAGAAGGCAAAAAAAACGCACUCGCGAUGAAAUGUUCUCUGAGCUCAUGCAGUCCUCCCACACUGAAAGAUCCCAGCAGAGUGCGUGGAGGCAAGCAACGUCAGAGUCCAGGAAAGCACAAUAUGAACGCGAGGACAGGUGGUGGGUUGAAGAUGAUGGGUGGCGUCAGCUUGUUGACAGAAGGCAGGAAACAAUGCUGAGGCUACUGUAGGAUCAAAGUAUAUGCUCCAGCGUAUGGUUGAGAUGCAGGAAAGGCAGGAGCACAGACCGCUGCUACAGCCCCUGUGUAACCAACUGCGCUCCUCCCCAAGUUGCAUAGCCUCCUCACCCGGACACCCAAGAACGCGGUGCGGGGGCCUCCGGCCACCCAGCCACUCCACCCCAGAGGACUGCCCAAGCAACAGAAAGUUGGCAUUCAAUAAGUUUUAAAGUGCAGUGUGGCCUUGUCCUUCCCUCCGCCCCGAUCCCUCCUGGGCUACCUUGGCAGUUAUCCCCCUAUUUGUGUGAUGAAUUAAUAAAAAAUGCAUGCAUUUGAAACAACAAUGAAUUUAUUGCCUCUGCAAGCAGUGAUCGAAGGGGGGAAGGGGAGGGCGGUUACAGGGAAGUAGAGUGAACCAAGGAGGUGGGUUUUCAUCAAGGAGAAACAAACAGAACUUUCACACUGUAGCCUGGCCA